AGCCCAGUUAUCAAACAGGAGGACCUGGGAUUUUUGUUGUUGGUUUGUUUAUUUAUCAGUACGUUAUUUGCUCAGCUGAAGUAUGUGGAAACUCCAAGUUGUUGUCGGGAAGUCAAGCAGAGUGUUUAAUUGUGUCGGUCACAGUGGAGGGAACAGUUGAUUGUUUCCUGAGAAGUGCCAAACAACUAAACACAUGGAGACUGAGUGCCAGCAGUGGACAGACAGCCAAACUGAUGAGGACAGUGACACCGAGGAGAUCCUGUGUGGAAUCCAUGAGAGCUGUGCUGCUGACCUGACUCACCACCCUCAGCUGGAUGCCGACAUAGAGGCAGUCAGGACUUUGUAUUCAGACUCUGCAGUCAGGAUCAGGGAGUAUGGGUCAAUCGAUGAUGUGGAUGUUGACCUGAACAUAAAUCCCAACAUAUUGGAUGAGGAAGUGGCCAAGGCCUGGAGGAUUAACCCAUCAGAGCCCAUCGUUAUCCGUCUGCACUUCUCUCUGUCUCAGUAUCUUGAUGGACCUGCACCUUCAGUUGAAGUCUUUCAGCGAUCCAAUACAGAUCAUUUCAGCUUUGGGAAACAGCUUCAGAAUAUUCUUACAGUCUUCUUAUCUCGGGAGUGGAAACACCUGACCAAUGAGAACAUUGUAGUCCGACAGAAGAGAAGACACAGCUGGUUCAGGCCAAGUGGAACCAUCAAGAGAUUUCGUGCAAGACUUAGUAUCUGGCUCCCACCAUCAAAGUCCAGUGAGGUCCAGGAACCCAACAUGAAAGCAAAAAUAAUUUCACCAGCAGUGAAACUGAAUCGUUUCACGAAUCAUACGACUUCCUACACCAUCAAGAAUCCCAAAGGAGAGCUCUUCACCUACACACCCAGUGGGAAGCGGGUGGUGGUGUCAGCAGUCAAGUCAUCAGCACAGCUCAGUACCAAACAGCUGCUAGAGCUGCUUUUCUCCACCCAGGCCAUCAGGCACUGUAAGACCACCCCAAGUCUGCAGCACGGCUUCUUGGUUCAGAUAAUGAGGUAUGCUGAGCAGAGACUCCCCACGCUGAACGAAUACUGUGUUGUCUGUGAUGAGCGACAUGUGUUUCAGAAUGGUCCUAUGUUAAAGCCAGCAGUUUGCACCAGAGAGCUGUGUGUGUUUUCCUUUUAUACGUUAGGAGUUAUGUCUGGUGCUACAGAGGAAGUUGCCACUGGUGCAGAGGUAGUUGACCUGCUGGUGGCCAUGUGCAGAGCUGCUCUUCAGUCUUCACGCAAGAGCAUCAUAUUUGAACCGUACCCUUCUGUUGUUGAUCCAUGCAACCCCAGAUCCCUGGCCUUUAGUCCUAAGAGAAAGAGCUACGACAGGCUGCAGAGAGCGCUGGACAAUGUCUUGUUAAUCAGGAGGAUGGCACAGGGUCCAUACUCUGAAAUAAAGAAGCAGAUGGACAAGAUAGACCCACUCGCUUAUCCGUUACUACAAUGGAUUUUAUCAAGCAACAGAUCACACAUUGUCAAGCUUCCGCUGCACAGGCAACUUAAGUUCAUGCACACGCCCCAUCAGUUCCUGUUGAUCAGCAGCCCUCCAUCCAAAGAAGCUCGUUUUCAAACCGCCAGGAAACUUUUUGGCAGCACCUUUGCUUUCCAUGGUUCCCACAUUGAAAACUGGCACUCUAUUCUGAGAAAUGGCCUGAUUAAUGCAUCUUAUACAAAACUACAGCUUCAUGGAGCUGCAUAUGGGAAAGGCAUCUAUUUGAGUCCUAUCUCAAGCAUAUCAUUUGGAUAUUCUGAGAUGGGUCAAGGGCGACACCAAAUGCCCACCAAAGAAGAACUCAUAAAGAAAUACAACCAAAUAAACAAAGUCAAACAGGAACAGCUGGGUCAAGCCAGAUUUCUGCAAAACAGGAACCUAAACUGCAUCGCUCUCUGUGAAGUUAUAACUUCAAAGGACCUUCAAAAACAUGGGAACAUCUGGGUGUGUCCGAUACCCGACCAUGUGUGCACACGUUUCCUCUUUGUGUAUGAGAACGGCCAGGUGGGAGAUGUCCACAUCAACACUCAGGAAGCCUGGAUCCGCAGGGAAAUUUUACAAGUAAUUGCUUCAAAGACGUGCUGAGAAAAAACAAAGGGUUUAUUAUUAUAGUGCAGAUUUCAUAUGAAAAAAACAAACACUGACUGAGGAUAGGUCUUAGUUUCUUUGUGGCUAAAUACAUUACAUUUGGCUUUUAUUGGUUUGACAAGUGAACCCAAAUCAAUGCGUUAUAGCAGUGGUUCCCAACUGGUCCAGCCACGGGUCCAGAUUUCUCCUUCGUCAUUAGUUCAAGGUCCACACAGUUUAGUACAUUAAGGGUCAUACUUGUGUUUGGCCAUGUCAUUGAGCUAGUUUGCUGUCUCUCUGUUAGUCACUCACUCUACAGCAGGAAACAGCACUUUAAAAUACUUCACUGUACUUAGAAAUGAAUGUGUUUUGUUUUUUUUUACAAACGUGACAUAUUUUUAAGUCACUUGCGGUCCAUUCAGAAUAAGACCACGACCCACCAGUUGGGAACCACUGCUUUAUAGUACAUCUAUCAGCUUUUAAUGUGCAGCUUUACCAAGUCCAUACGUACAACAUUCAAAAACUCAUAGGCAGUUAUAUUUACAUAUUUACACGUAAGCUACAUAGAUCAGUACCAGAUCAGUACCAGGUAACAAUGAGCAAAAACAAUAUACCAUUUGUUAUAGUU